AAAUGCAUCGGUGGCGAGCGGCAGCUCGACACAGCGCGCGUCGGCUCACGCUGACGCGCGGCGGGCGCCGCUGGCAGAGCGGCGGUCGGACAGACGGCUACGAAGAGGCGCUGCCACGGAGGGACGUCAUCGCUCCUCUGGUGGCCUGCGGCGUGUGGGCGGGCGGCUGGUACAUGGCGGAGGAGGGCAAGAUCAAGGCGCUGGUGGAUAGCUCAAACAUCGACCCCAACCCCGACCCGAAUGCGUGGCCGACGCCCAAGCAGUUCUUCUGCCUCGCGUGGCCGUGGGUCGCGGGUACGGUCGCGAUGCUCUUCGACUCGGUGGCGGCCAAGUUUGCGACGACGAGCGACAUGAAGUUCCUCUGCACGACCGCGCUCAACGACGACAUCAAGGCCACCACCGCGCUCUGCAUCCUCGCCGCGCCUGCCGAGCACUCUGCGCCGUUUGUGCGCGCCAUCGCAGAGACGGGCGCGCUGGCCCGCAUCCGCGAGAUCGUCGCCAUCUACAAGACUUUGCCGCGGGAGCAGCACGACGAGACGCUGACCAACGCGUGCGUCAUCGCGUCAAAGGUGGCUGCCGAUCCCGAGCUGCGCAGCCAGGGCCUUCCGAUCGGCGACUUCUUGUGGAUGAUGCCGGCCGGGCCGCCGCAGCUGUACACCACCUACGGCGCGGAGGGCGUCGCCCACUUGUGGAUGAGCCACCCCGCCGAGAUGCUCGCCGGAGGCGGCGUCGGCAACGCGGCGGGCCUCGCGGAGGGCGUCUCCCUGUCGAACCUCGCAAACCUCGUGACGACCGAGCUGGCGGCGAGGCUGCUCGACCGGUUCGGAGAGCAGCGUGAGGCUCUCCUCUCCACUGCGACCGAGCUC